UGCGGUUCAGAGUUUCAGAGGAAGGCAGUGGGAUGAGAUGCAGGACAGAGUCACUUUCACAUCAUGGAGAACUUCUAGAACCUUCAUAAAGUCAGAGACCACCGGAAACCUCUGAAAGAAAAGGGAGACGAGGUGAAAUUUUGCAGCAUGGGGAACUACCCUGGGAAAGAGCGGCAUGCAUCUACAUCUGCAGGUACAGCUGAUACGUUUCAAACACCUCCCACAUCUCCGUCUUCUCCUCUCUCGCCUGUUUCACCUGGAAACGCCCAACGUCUUUCAAGCCCCACCCACCCAGACCCUAACACCUCCCCUGAGAGAACACCCUCCCCGAUCACGACUGGCCCAGAUGGCUGUCUAUCAUCAGAAGGAGUUGAAAACAAUAAAGCCCCUGUAUCUGCCCAAAAGGCCGAUGAUGGUCCUCUGCUCCCCUGGAAGCGGAGGCAGAAUUCAACAUCUGCGUCACCUGUGCAGGUGGAGCCACCCCUGAGUGGGCAGGCCUGUGAAGGAUGGGUGGAGCAAGAGCUUCUGGAUGAGUGUGUGGUUUCAUUAGGGUUCUGUGAGAAGACACACACGUUAUCAGAUCUGCUGCAGUGCUUUCUGACUGAGAGAGCGCAGAUGAAGGAUGAGCUGAAGAGUCUGAAAGAAAAAAUGCAGACAGAGCGUAGCGAGUGGCUACAAUUCCAGUCUGACCUGCAGGUGGCACUGGUGGUGGCUGACCGGCUGAGAGCUGAAGCUGAAGAAGAACUGCGCGCACACCAAGAGGCACGGGAAGACUGGGAGAGGCAACUGACUGAAUUCCAGCAGGGUCAGCGAGAGGUCGAAGGUCAGGUGGAGCGCCUAAAAGCAGAGCUCCAGCAAAGCAAACAAAGACUCAGCCAAAGGACAGAAACUCCCAGCCAACAGGGGGCAACAGAAGGGUGUUCUGUGGAGAGAUGGGGGGAUGAGCAAAGGACAGGCGAGGAAAAGCAAAAAGAGAAAGAUGCAGAAACUACAGAAAAACUAAAAAAACAGGCAGUAUCCGCCACCAGCCUAGUAAAUGGUACAUCCAAGACUUCUUUAGCACUGACCACAAAUCCCAUGAACAAAAACAACAAUCCAACAAGAGAAAGACUGAAUAUGGACCAGCAGGACAACUUGAUUAAUUUAUAUAAAGAUAAACAGGAGGAGCGUCCAUCUUUACACUCGUCUCCUGUUAUCGACCUUUCUCCAAACAAAACUAACAAGUUAAAGCCUCAGGAGGACUUCAGUAAGCUGCUCAGGCGUCACGGCGGAUCCAAACGCAACUCACUACUGCGCUGGAGUCAGAACCGAACCAGCGGAUAUAAGAACAUUGAGAUCACGAACUUCAGCAGUAGCUGGAUGGACGGCUUGGCUUUCUGUGCCGUGUACCAUAGUUACCUCCCAUCACACAUACCCUACAGCACGCUCAGGCCGGAGAACAAGAAAGAAAACCUCUUGCUGGCAUUUCAGACAGGAGAGAGUGUAGGAAUCGCUGCGUCACUGACCGCAGAUGAGAUGCUGAAGAAUGAAGGCCCUGACUGGCAAAGGGUUCUGGGAUACGUGGAGAGCAUAUACCGCCAUUUUGAGAUGUGACCUCUGGAACAUAAAUGGUCCUGCUUGUUUUCUCGGGAGUCAUUUGAAACCAUUUCAAGCUUCUUCUCAUACUUCAGCGAGAUGUUCCACGAGCUGGCUUCACAUUUUUGCUCCACCGUGAGGAGAAAUGAUCAUCUCGUUCAAACAAAAAAAUCAAAAAGAUGUGCGGAUUUUUAUAAUCAGCGCCACCAUCUCAAAAAGCCAAUAAUAUUGUCAUGAGAAAUGUUUUCCUUAUUUACACCGAAUUAAAAAAAAAAAAAGGAAUAUUCUUGUUUAUAGAGCAUGUCAGGAAGGAAUUGUGUUGGUGUUACAGUGUAAAGAAGUGACACUUAGAAAUAGGAAAAUAAUCAGCAACGGUUCAGCAUGAUGAAGCAGAGUUACUAUGACAAAAAAAAAAAUCCACAGCUUAUCAUGUUAACGAGAAACUUUUUGAUCCAAGCACUGACACUGGAGACUCCUCCCAUAAAUAUUACGUAUCAACAAUUACACACUUUUUGAUCAGUUUAACCGUUGAGCCACCAGUCCCAGUCGAAGUGGAUUUCCAAAUAGAGCCCUGCACUCCUGCGGGACCCGACACAAAGCAGUGUGGCGCGGGACAAAUUUUGAAAGCUCAAUGCGGGAGCGGGCGGGAGGGGGAGUGCACAAUGCGGGAGCGGGCGGGAGAGGUGAUAAGCUGCAGUCCCGCUAACUAAAAACGUGUUUAAAAUAAAAUUUAUAAAUUAUUAAUUUAUGUCUAUCAUAUAUAAUUUGUGCUGGAUAUUUUAUUUGGCAUUAAUGAAAACAUUUUAAGAUGCCUAAAUUUGCGGAUGUGGUCUAAUCUCGCGUACGUUUCCGAUUCCUUUCCACUCUUCCAUGUUUGAGAUCUCCGAUCAUGGCAGAAGAGCAGAGCUCCUCUAGUGAAGCUCACAGUGCUUCAGAAGUAAGUGCUGCUUUAAAAAGAGGUACAUUUACCAUUAAAAAGUCAAAAGUCCUGAAAUCAGACAUUUGGAAGUCGUUCUCACUCGUGUACGACGCAGAGGGAAAUGAGCUGCCCUUUGCUUGUUGUGAUAAGUGCCAAAAGGUUCUGACAUACAACGGCCAUAAAUCAGGUACAUCAGGCCUGAAUUGCCAUGUAUGUACUGUCUUAAAAGGACAACAAUUGUUGGAGUUCAGAGAGAACAACGCAAAAGUGACAGAUGCGUUGAAGGCAAAGACCGUGUAGAAAUGCGUUGAUUUUGUUGCUGCGGACCUCCGCCCGUAUGACAGCAUCGCUGGUCGGGGAUUAGUUCAGUUAGCCCAACACUUAGUUGACACGGCAGCCACAAUAGGCAAAUUCGAUGUGCGAGAUAUUCUGCCCCAUCCAACAACUGUGUCACAUCAUGUAGAUGAUAGGGCACUCAAAUUUAGAAGAGCUGUUGUUGAUGACAUGAACAAUGACAAGAACUUUCGUGAGAAAUAACGCGAACGUCUGCAUCAUGCGGGAUUUGCAGGCGGGAGCAGGACAAAAUAUGGCAGGUGCGGGCGGGAGUGGGACUGAAAAUCAUAAUUCUUUGCGGGAGCGGGACUGCACAAUGCGGGAGCGGGACUGAAAAUUCUGUCAUGCGCAGACCUCUAUUUUCAAAAAUGAGUACUCAAGAAGACAAAGAAAGUAGAACACUGAAAUAGACAAUAGCAAUACUUAUACCAAAGGGUCAGAAAAAUGGCAAGACUUGGCAGAGAAACAGUGAAAACAAUGAAAGUCUCAUUACAAACAGUAACAAGGAAAGAAAGCUCAAAAGGUGAGAGUUCAAUCAGUGUUGAACUGAGCUAGCAUUACUGACGAUGGCAACCUCUAGUGGUGCAAUGCGGCAUUUACUGCAAUACUUUGGUUUUUGUUAGUUUUGCAAACAAUAUCGGGUGACCAUUAUUAAAAGCUGUAAGUUCACGGUUUUUUUGUUUGUUUGUUUGGUUUCAACAUGUAAUGAUGGAGUGAAUUUGUGAAAAACUACCUAUAAGUUACUUGUCACUGUGUAACAGUGAAGUUGGUUACUAUUAUAACUAGAAAGGCACUCAGUAGAGUGCAUACCUCCGCUAGGCCACAUGUUAUCAACACCAAAAUCAAAUCGCUUGAACCUAGAAUAAUACUAAAGCGGUACACCAAAUUUCAUCCAAAUCCGUCCACUACUUUUUGAGUCACGUUGGGAACAGGCAAACAAAUCCUUGAUCCACAUACAUACGGUACAUGUCCGGAUUUGGAUCAAAAUCCGAUUGAUGGUUCCUUGGCCUAUGACUCACCUUUCCACCAAACUUCAUCCAAAUCCGUUCACUAGUUUUUGAGUUACGUUGGGGAGAAACAAAUCCUGGAUCCACAUACAUAUCUGGAUUUGCAUCAAAACCUGAUCAAUUGUUCCUUGGCCUAUGACUCACCUUUCCACCAAAUUUCAUCCAAAUCCUUUCAAUACUUUUUGAGUUAUGUUGGGAACAAACAAACAAAUCCUGGAUCCACAUACAUAUCCGGAUUUGGAUCAAAAUCUGAUCAAUGGUUCCUUGGCCCAGGGCUCACUUUUCCACCAAAUGUAAUUUAAAUCUGUUCACUAGUUUUUGAGUUACGUUAGGAGCAAACAAACAGAGGUGAAAACAUCACCUUCUCCAACAAAGUUGGCAGAGGUAAUAAUGAUACCUGCAAUAUUGUCUGCACUGUGAUGUCGCCCAGUGUUGAUACACCAUCAUCAUCAUCAUAUCACUCAUGCCAAGUGUGAAGGCAAGUCACAGAUGUACCUGCGUUCACAAAUACAGUUGCAAACUUGAUCAGAUGACAUCACAUCGAUAAUUUUAGCUAGGCUAGUUCGUAAACAUUAGCACAGUUGCACAGGGUUGCAUUUCAAUGCCUUGCUAUCUUAUCUGAUCAUUAGCAUCAUCACCAUCUAUUCAACUGAUCAAAUAUAACCUAAACCCCACCCUUGCUGACUCAGAGGUGCCUAUGACUUGGCAAAAUUAGUCAUUUCUGCCCUUGACUCUGUAUAAAAGCUUGCAUUUGGAAGUAUUGAGGUUAUUGUGAGUGACUUUCUGGUGUAUUUUCGAAGAUAUGAGCACUGAUUAGAGUCUUCAAGUAUUGACAAUUCCAGGAUUUCUAAACUUCAGUAAGACUGUGUGGUGUUAUGUAUGCUCUCCUCUUUUCUAAGAGUGCCACUGAUGGAUCAGGAUCUCCAAACUGUAGUUCAUGUACAGCUUUUGUAUCGUACAAUAUUUUUCCUUGUGAUUUAUGACUGUCUAUGUGUCAGCCCUGUGAUAACCUUGUCCAGGGUGUACCCCGUCUUUCGCCCGUAGUCAGCUGGGAUAGGCUUCAGCUUGCCUGUGACCCUGUAGAACAGGAUAAAGCGGCUAGAGAUGAUACGAGAUGAGAUUUAUGACGGUGGCUGAAUGUAGCGUGACUUUCCACUGGAACGGGCCGUCGUGUUUGGAUUCGCAGCACUGUAAAAAAAAAAAGGACUUCCUAUGAAACGUGGGCUUCAGAAUAAACUCUUAUCUGGCUGGCAUUUCCUAAUUUUUGUGGGCUUCAAAGCAAUCAAUCAACAGCAUUACUGCUGAUCGUGUGCUGAACUGUAACACUUGUGUAUUAACAAAUACCAUGAAAUGACUGUUGAAGUGCCUUUAGUGUGAUGUAUAUAUUAAAACUUCAGUCUUGUGCCAAAGUCAAUGACAUUAAUAAUAAAGAAAUAUUUUCUUUA